UCAUAUGAGUAGUGAGAGGUGAGGUUACGGAUUAAAAUUUGUCUGCUUUAGAAAUUCUAUCAAUUAAUUCUUCAUUAAAGAAAAUUAUUAUUUUUAAAAUGGGUGUUUUAGCAACUACCCAAUACACUGUUUAUACCGUUACAUUGAGUGUAAUUACUAUAAUUGGUUUGUUUUAUAUUUUGUCUGGCAGAGGCCAACGUAUUGAUUUUGGAUGGCUUUUAACAGACAUUUCUCCAUUUAUGUGGGGUAGUUUGGGAAUUGGUUUUGCUAUUGCUCUGUCUGUAGUUGGCGCUGCCUUGGGCAUUUAUACUACUGGUGUGAGUAUUGUUGGUGGAGGUGUUAAAGCCCCUAGAAUAAGAACCAAAAAUCUUGUUAGUAUCAUCUUUUGUGAAGCUGUUGCUAUUUAUGGUAUCAUCAUGGCAAUAGUUUUAGUGAAUGGACUUAAAAACUUCACUUCACUUACUGUUGAUCUAAACUAUGAACUCAAAUCCAUGAACUAUAUGUCUGGAUAUGUAAUGUUUGGCGCUGGUUUGACUGUUGGUUUGUGCAACUUCUUCUGUGGUUUAUCUGUGGGUAUUGUUGGAUCUGGUGCAGCAUUAGCAGAUGCUGCCAACCCUGCACUUUUCGUAAAAAUUUUGAUUGUGGAGAUUUUUGCCAGUGCUAUUGGACUUUUUGGACUUAUCGUUGCCAUUAUUAUGAACUCCAAGGUAAACAUGGGAGACAAAAUGAAUUAAUUUAGCUGUAUGUACAAUUAUUGUGUUACUUGUCAUUUACUCAAGUUCAUCCUAUCUAAUCCAGCGAAAAGUUGUUCUUAUCACCAGAUAGUGUGUGGCAUUGUGCUGAUUCAUAUAUGUGUGUAGAACCAUGAAAACCAAAUUUCAGCAUUCCAACUCAUUUUCAUAUGUAAAAUAGGAUUACAUUUUUGUUAUAUUGUAUAAUUUAUAUUCAAAAAUUAAAUUAUUUGAAUGUUGUGUAA